AUGACUGACUCUUUUCUAGCGUCAGACGCUUUUCUCCAGUGGACCAAGACGGAACUUGGUGGAGAUUUUCGCUCGACGAGUAGGGUCGCAGUCUUUUCAGACUGUUUGACGCUCAUUGAGACCGAUAAUCGUAUGCACACGGCAAAAGCAGCGCGCUUGGCUGGUAGUACAGCACUCGCGUCACUGGGACUCCCAUGUGCUGAUGACGACGAGCUUGGGCUCGCCACAUUCCUACCCUCUACUGCGCUCAACAAUCUUACAGGCGUCACACAUCAGGCUCUACGGACAUGGUCCAUUCCAGAGCGGCAUCUUUUGAACCAUUUCCUACAAUCCGUCUCACGAGCCUUGGUUGUUGUCGAGGACAAACUCAAUCCCUUUCUUUGCGUCAUCGUGCCGAUGGCUUUGGAAAACUCAAUGAUCCGCCAUUCUUUGACCGCGCUAUCGGCCUGUCAUCUCUCCAAAGCCUAUCCAGAUUUUGAACGGGAUCUCAAUACGCACCGAGGUAUAGCGCUCGACAAGUUGAUGGCCGAGUUAGAAGAUCUGGAUGACCCAGUGUGGGCUCUGGCGUCCACGCUUCUUCUGUGCCUAGUAGAGAUAUGUGUCGGUAAUUCAAAGAAAUGGGUGUUGCAUUUACACGGAGCCAAGGCCUUGCUCGACCGGACUAACAGCCAUACAAUCGAACCACCUGUGAGUAUUCUGAUCGAGAUAUACAAUUAUCUUACUUGUAUUACUUCGAUUACCUCAAACCAGACGCCCGCGAGAUUUGGAAAACAUUUGAAGGUUCGAUCCGAGACCGUGUUAGCCCCUGAUGGUCUCACACAUCCUUUAUUUGGCGUUUCUGUUGACUUGUAUGAAUCCUUGGCGUGCGUAAACGGAUUGGGUAUGCAUGGGAAUAAUGCAUCAAAUCAGGAUACUACAGACGUAUCAAAGGAGAUAGAGCUCUCGCUGCAGAGCUGGGAGCCUCCUAAAUCUAGCGAUGAAUGUCGCUCUCUAGUGGAAGCUAGAGCCUUGGGGUUUGCUCUGCAAUGGGCUACUAAUAUGCACUUGCAGCAAGUAACCCGAGGUCUUGCUAGCAAUGCACCACAGAUCAAAAAAGCCUCGGACAACAUAUUAUCAGCGUUGUCACUGAUUCGGCCCGGAUCGGAGAUGGAAGCGCACAUGCUGUUCCCUCUUUUCAUGGCGGGCGUGGGCAGUAUGACAAAGCCGAACCGCCUAACGGUAGAAUAUAGACUGGAUAUCAUGGAAGCUACAAUUGGCUUUGGAAAUAUUUCCGUAGCACAUAAGCUCCUGGAUGAGCUCUGGAGGAGGAGCAAUCAAGGGGAAACUGUCACUUGGCAAUACCUGAUCACAACAACCUAUAAAGGUCUUGUUCUAUGCUAA